AUGGCAGAUUAAUUGAAUGCUUCCUUCAUUAAGCAGUCCGAGGAUAUUAUUUAAUCAAAGAAAGAGGAAAUCCUUUAGUUCUUUGAGCAGAAAGGAUACAAGGCAGAUUCAGCAUUUGAUGAUUAACUUUGGUUUUUCCCAGAAAUCAAUCAGGACUAGGAACACAUCCUCUGGAAGGUGAUUAGUGAUACCAUCGGAUAAGAUUAAGUUUAUGAUGAGAAUUUUGCAUCAGAAGCAACCAUUGAAACUUUUGUAUAGAAACUAUUGGAUUAAGCAAAAAUGAUACAUUUGAAAAUCCUGGAUUUCCAAAAAAAUAUUGAUUAUUUCAAAGAUGAACUGACUAAUUUUGAUAAGUUUUCUAAAGUCAUUGAAGCAAAUAAGCCUGAAUAUAAUCAGGAAAAUGCCUUAGUCAUUUCCUUUGUAGAUCAAGUCAAUCAGAUAAGUGAGAUGUAAAAAUUUUAUAAACUGAAAGUACAAAGUUGGAACAAUUCAUCAAAAUUAUCAACCACUGUAUCCCGAGAAUUCAAAUAGAUCAACCUGCAUUUCUUUGGAUAAUACUAUUGA